AGGAGGAACCGUGGACCAAUCAGGAGGGGGAGCAGCUUCAACAACUUGAGCAGGCUGAUAUCAAGUUCACAUUGACUGCUGUCACUGUGAAGAGUGAAGAAGAUGAAGAGAAACCUCUGUUGUCACAGCUUCAUCAGAGUCAGACUGAGGAGAACAGAGCGGAUUGUGGAGAACAAGAACCAGCCAGGAUCUCAGGUCCUGAUGGACAUUUACAACAAGGUACUGAGGACAAGACUGUAGACAGUGAAGAUGAUUGGAUGCAGACCAGGGAACCUCAGUCUGGUUUAAAUACAAAAAAUAACAAACAGCUUCUAAGUGAUAUGAAAUGGAAAACUUGUAAGAAAGCAUUUAGUUGCCUUGAGUGUGGUAAUAGAUUUAGCCACAAGGGUUCUCUAACUGUACAUAUGAGGACUCAUACAGGAGAGAAACCAUUUAGUUGCUCUGAGUGUGGUAAAAGAUUUAGACAAAAGGGCCAUCUAACUGUACAUAUGAGUAUUCAUACAGGAGAGAAACCAUUUAGUUGCUCUGACUGUGGUAAAUUAUUUAGAGUAAAGUGUGAACUAACUGCACAUAUGAGGAUUCAUACAGGAGAGAAACCAUUUAGUUGCUCUAACUGUGGUAAAAUAUUUAGAGUACAGUGUGAACUAACUACACAUAUCAGGAUUCACACAGGAGAGAAACAAUUUAGUUGCUCUGAAUGUUGUAAAAGAUUUAGACUAAAGGGCAAUCUAACUAAACACAUGAGGAUUCAUACAGCAGAGAAACCGUUUAGUUGCUCUGGGUGUGGUAAAAGAUUUAGCCGCAAGGACAAUCUAACUGUACAUAUGAGGAUUCAUACAGGAGACAAACCAUUUAGUUGCUCCUAGUUUGGUUAAAAUAUUUAGACUAAUGGGUUCUCUAACUACAUAUUAGUAGUCAUCCAGGAGAGAAUGAAUUUACUUGCUUUGUGUGGUUAAAGAUUGAAGUUGCUUCGUUUGCAACAAAAGAUUAAUAUU